AUGGCUGAGACAUUUGAACUAAAUUUCAUUCCUCACAGCUUCCCGGGGGCAAUAGAAUUCGACUUCAGUCUUCCAGAAACUGAAAAAAGCUACCAAGAAGCAUCCAAGCGAUUCAAGUGUCCCACAGUCAUCAACGACUUGAGAGGACACGAGUACAAGUAUGAUCUGUUUCGAAAUGGGUUCAAAUACACGAGAAACAGCCUUCCUCCCGAUGCCCUGGAGCAACAGCUCAUGGACAUGACGGAAGAAGAAAUCGCGAGGGUACUUGUGCCGCAUACGGAGGACCUAGUAAGGAAAUUGACCGGUUCGUUCAGAAUAAUUACGGCGGGGUACCGUCUGCGCAACCUAGCCAAUGAUACCUCCCGCCACAUGAAUCACCACGGGCCAUCGCAUGAGGUGCACUGUGAUUUCUCCAUGGCGGGUGCAAUGCGCUUCGCUGCAAAUGACCUUCUGAAGGGGCAGGAGACAGAACUCCUGCAUAAGAGGAUGCUUGUGGUCAACGUCUGGAGACCUUUGCGACAAGUUACUCGCGAUCCCCUGGCCGUUUGCGACUGGCUAUCAAUCUCUGAACAGCCCUGUGGGCGUUCCAACUUGGUGCCGUGGAAGGUUUCCUUCGACAAUGGACUGCGCCAGAACGAGUCUCUGAAGUUGAAACAGCAUGACAGCCAGAGGUGGUACUACCUCCAGAAUCAACUCCCCACCGAGCCAUUGCUGUUCCUCUGCUUUGAUAGUCAUCAAAUGCAAGAAGGCGGGAUGACUGUUCCACAUAGCGCGUUCGUGCACCCAAGUUACUCCGAUGCAGAGCCAAGAAUUAGCUUUGAGAUCAAGUUUUUUUGUUUUCUAGAGAAUUGA